CUCCUUCCGGAACCCGCGCCCCGCCCUCCCGUCUCCUAGCAACGCCGUGACGUUCUCGCGCUCCGGGGUGUGGCGCCGCCGGGCGGGAAAUAGAAGAAUGUUUGUUCCAAGAUCCCUUAAAAUCAAGAGGAAUGCUAAUGAGGACAGCAAAAUGUGUGCGUCUAAGAAAAUUAAAUCCGAGGCAGAAGACCUCCUAAGGAACUCAGGGGGCAGUGAUGCCACUGACCCUUUAGUUACAGAAGCAACUGCAUCCCCAGGAAGGUCCAGCCCCACACCUUGUCCCUUGCCCAGGACAGCGGGCCAGUUGACAGAUGUGAGUGGGGUAGAUCCUGCGCCGGGGAUGAAAGACAGCCAGCUGGCUGAAGAGCCUGUGAAGUCCUUUUCCAAAACACAGCGCUGGGCUGAACCCGGGGAGCCUGUGUGUGUAGUCUGUGGCCGCUAUGGAGAAUAUAUCUGUGACCAGACCGAUGAGGAUGUGUGUAGCUUGGAGUGUAAAGCAAAGCACCUGCUGCAAGUGAAGGAGACGAAAGAGAAAUGGAAACUCGGCCAUCCCCAGGAAGUUGAUUCAGAGCCAGUGCCCCCGCUUGAGGCUGUUUAUGUCUACAGAGAGCACCCCUUUAUUUCCAGCCUGCAGGAGGACCAGGUUGAAAAUCUUAAACAGCAGCUAGGAAUUGCAGUGCAGGGAGAAGACGUGAGGAGGCCCAUCAUUGACUUUGAGCACUGUGGCUUCCCCGAGGCCUUAAAUCACAACUUGAAGGAAUCCGGCUAUGAGGUGCCAACCCCCAUCCAAAUGCAGAUGAUUCCUGUGGGGCUCCAGGGAAGGGACCUUCUGGCCAGCGCUGAUACCGGCUCGGGAAAGACAGCUGCUUUCCUUCUUCCUGUUAUCACCCGUGCUUUAUUUGAAAACGAGACUCCCUGCGCGCUCAUUCUUACUCCCACGAGAGAGUUAGCCAUUCAGAUCGAGAGACAAGCCAAAGAGCUGAUGCGUGGCCUGCCCCGCAUGAAGACCGUGCUUCUCGUAGGGGGCUUGCCACUACCACCACAGCUCUACCGCCUACGACAGCACGUGAAGGUUAUCAUCGCCACGCCUGGGCGGCUCCUGGACAUCACGAAGCAGAGCUCGGUACAGCUCGGCAAUAUCAGAAUGGUAGUGAUAGAUGAAGCCGACACCAUGCUAAAGAUGGGCUUUCAACAGCAGGUGCUUGACAUUUUGGAAAAUGUCCCUACUGAUUGUCAAACCAUUCUGGUUUCCGCUACAAUUCCAGCCAGCAUCGAACAACUAGCAGGCCAACUCCUGCAGAAUCCUGUGAGAAUCAUCACGGGAGAAAAAAACCUACCUUGUUCCAACGUGCGUCAGAUUGUUUUGUGGGUGGAAGAGCCAGCCAAAAAGAAAAAGUUAUUUGAAAUCUUAAAUGACAGGAAGCUUUUCAAGCCUCCCGUGCUAGUAUUUGUGGACUGCAAACUUGGAGCAGACCUUCUAAGUGAAGCCGUGCAGAAAAUCACUGGUCUAAAAAGCACGUCCAUGCAUUCUGAGAAGUCACAGAUGGAAAGGAAAAGUAUCCUGGAGGGACUGCUGGAAGGAGACUACGAGGUGGUGGUGAGCACUGGAGUGCUGGGGAGAGGCCUGGACUUGAUCAGCGUCAGGCUGGUUGUCAACUUCGACAUGCCUUCCAGCAUGGAUGAGUAUGUGCACCAGGUUGGAAGAGUGGGAAGAUUAGGUCAAAAUGGAACUGCCAUCACUUUCAUCAAUAACAAUUCAAAAAGGCUCUUCUGGGACAUUGCAAAGAGAGUGACACCCACAGGAUCCCUGCUUCCCCCACAGCUGGUGAAUUCUCCAUACCUCCAUGACCAGAAGAGGAAGGAGCAGCAGAAGGACAAACAGACAGUCACCGGGGCUAAUCUUAUGGACAUCAUUAGGAAACAUGAGAAAAGUCAAUCUCAGAAGUGAUCCAUUAGGCCACUUUCAAUCAUUUUUAUUGGGCAUUGUCAGUGAAAAUGUUCAUCUAUCAUUACUGUUCAGGUCGAAGUGAGCCAGGCACGUGAAAUAGAUGAUGUGUGAUUUUUAAAAAUAAUAGACUGUUGCAUUUGUAACAGCAAUAUUGUGUUAUGUCUCUUUUUAAUUCUUAGAAAUUAGAAAUGACUUCAGAAAAUGAACUG